AUGACAUCCAGUCCUCCAGAAACAGCUGAGUUCAUAAGACACCAGUCGCUGUCGCCCGCGUCGCCGCGUCCGCAGAACGUCCCCUCGCCUGCCAAUAUUCCCAUUCUUGUAGAGCAGAUGGACCCGAAAUUCAAUGAGCCAUCAUCAUAUAGCAACGGCGCCCCCACUCCCGCCCAAUACCCGCCUCAGUCACAAUCACAGUCACAGUCACAGAGCACGCCCACCUCAACGCCUCACUACGCCCAUCACUCCAGCGCGUCCAAUGUGAACAGUCUAGAAGCGCAAGGUGUAGGAUCGGGUGUGUCUGCGGGCGAUGCUCAGUCAGCGGCGUUCAAUGGUACAGGCAGCCUAGGCACGCAGGCGCAUGAUGUCUCUUCAUACCAGAAUUACACCUCGCAGCACCAAGCGCACGCGACUUCUGGUCAAGGAACUCAUACCGCGUACCCAUACUCCAAUGACAAUGCCUACGCCCCGCAAGCUCCAACCCAGUCUGCCUAUGGCGCUUACUACCAGACUCAGGCGCAAGCCGGCACCAGUGUUGACGUGCAAGCCUUGUUGGAUUCGCUGACGCCUGCUUCGAAUCAUGCGUCUUCGGGUCAAUUUGCUGUUCCUCAAAUGUCUGCCCAAUCCACCCAGGCGCCACCCAAUGCGCCACCUCUGCCACCACCUACCAAUCUCCCACCGCGGCCUCCUACGCAAGAGCAACCUGUCACGCAUCCCAACUAUAACCCGACCGAUGACAUAAGAUCGUAUCAUCCGCAUAGCCAGCAGACGAGUGCUGCACAGACGCGCAACAGCGCGCAAGUGCAGUCGCUAAACAUGCAGAGACAAGAGUACUCGACUGCACCGACAUCAAGCGGAACAGGUCCCACAACACCAGGCCACGCUCAACGCCAGCCUGCCCAGCGGAGUGAGACGCCCGACGACGAGGACAUUAGAUGGCCUCCCGAGGUAAAUCGAAAAUACGAGGAAUUUUUGGAUCAGGAGAGGAAAUUUGUGACGGAAGGACAGUGGGAUCAAUUCCCCAUGGGCUCACGGCUCUUCAUUGGCAAUCUACCCACCGAAAAGGUCACCAAACGAGACAUUUUCCAUCGGUUCUACAGACACGGCAGGCUCGCGCAGAUAUCAAUAAAGCAAGCAUACGGAUUUGUGCAGUUCCUGGAUGCCGAGUCAUGUCGUAGAGCAUUAGACGCAGAGCAGGGCCAAGCAGUACGUGGUAGGAAGAUGCACCUUGAGAUUUCGAAGCCGCAACGGAACACGAAGAAGGCAGAAUCCCAGGCUGCGCUACCUCGACGACGGUCUCGCUCGCCCGAUUAUUCCAGGGGUGGGACAGGCCAGACUCCUAGAGAGGGGCGAUACGGCGGAAAUGUAAACUCGAUGUCUCCUCGAGAUCGAGACCGCCGUUUUCGCGAACGAGACGACUAUAGGCCAUUGCGAUCGCCCUCGCCACGUGGUGGUCCUCGAGGUAUAAGAUCACGGGAUAGGAGCCGCGACAGAUUUGAUGCACGGUAUCGCAGCAGGUCAAGAACGCCGCCUCGCAGGCACAGGAGUCCAUCUCCACGGCGGGAUUAUACCGAGGAUGGUCUGGACCUACGUAGGAGACUCCCCCAUGAAGUUCCCGAUAUUCAGAUUCUUGUGCUGAAUGAGGGACUCCCACGCGAUUUUAUCCGCUACGUGGAAGACACAUUCCGCUCACAAAACCUUCGAAGCAAUGUUUUGAUCAUGAGUGGCCGAUUUCCAGAGCCGGCCGUAGUUCGUAGGCAGAUCUUGGAGGGUGUGCUGGCCAUUGUGAGACUCGACACUACUGGUCUUGCCAAGGGCAAGCUCAGCGUUCAAAUAUUCGACCGACGUAGCGGUGCUAAUAAUGUUCAGUUCAAUGACCCGACAACUGCCGGUCUACUCGUGAAUAAUGCCAAACAGAGCCAGUCCCAACCAGUACAGCCGCCUACACCCUCUUUUGGUUUCAACCAAGGCCUACCUUUCACUCAGCCUCCCCCAAACUUCCCUCCAGGUCCGACUAGCCAACCCAAUAUCUCGAACUUGAUCGCUUCACUCGAUGGUGCCAGUCUGUCCCAAUUACUAGGCGCCAUGUCUGGCAAUAAUGUUUCCCAGAACUCACAACCGGCGCCUAACCCCGGCUUCAAUGCUGACCUUGCUCGUCUGCUUGCCCAAGUACCUAGUCCGGCUCAAACUCCUGGAUUUAGCGGCCAUACCCAACCACAACUGGCACAUUUGGGUACCCAAUUCCCAGCCCUGGCUUCCUUAUUUGCAACUCAGGGACAACAGAGUGCCCCGCCCGUACAGACACCUGCCCAGCCAAGUGGUACUGACAUGAGUGAGAUCAUGGCUCAACUCGCACAAUAUCAGCGCUGA